CUAGACGAUAACGUUGCGCAACUAAUUGGUAUUUUACGUUUCAGACGGAAAUUGUUCCCGACAAAUAUAAGGUUGACGUACGCGGUCGUGAGUAGAACUCUUCUAACGCUCGACUGGGAUCGAGAACGGUACAUCCCUAGUUCUCGUCACUGAUUAGUUUGAUGUGAGAACAUUUAGACUUCAGCUACUCAACAUUGUGCGAUGAAACCUACAGCGUUGUUAAUUUUGUUAAUCGCGAUAUACAGUGCGGAAUGUUCCAAGAUAUUGGUGGUGUUCCCUAUGCCAGCAUCCAGCCACUACAUUCUAGGAAAUGCACUGGCUCGCGGGCUAGCGGAAGCAGGACAUGACGUCACGAUGAUCAGUUCGUUCGAGGAAAGAAAUCCACCCAAGAAUGGGAGUUACCGAGAUGUGGUUCUUACCGGAUUCUUAGAAGAAAAAGACAAGAAUAGCAAUUUUAAUUUUUUCGACUUAGAGAGUAUGAAUCCUUUUUUUAACAUUCCAUUUAUGAACUUUGUCGGAAAUAAAGCUACCAGUAAGACCUUGGAACAUCCGAACCUAAAAAAGUUACUAAAUUCAAAUGAACACUUCGACGCGGUCAUCAUAGAGCAGUUCAACGAUGAUGCUCUCAAAGUGCUGGCUUACCACUACAAAGCACCCUUGAUUUUGUUCAGCACCAUCACGGUUAACGCUUGGGUGAAUUUCUUGGUUGGUAACCCUGCACCACCAUCAUAUAUUCCCGAGAUUUUCCUGAGUUAUACCAGCCAAAUGACCUUCAGACAGAGACUAGUUAACUGGUUGUUCUUCAUAUCUUCAGAACUCAAUCGACAACUGUUUUUCUUUCCGGCCCAGAACAAAAUGAUGAAGGAACACUUCCCUGAUGCACCAGAUUUGAGUAUUCUUAACUAUAACGCUUCUUUAGUUCUCGUAAAUUCUCAUGAGAGCAUCAACCAACCUGUUCCUCACGUACCUAACAUGAUAGAUAUAGGAGGCUUCCACGUGAGUGCUACUAAAGAGCUUCCGAAGGAUUUGAAAGAUUUUAUGGACAAUGCUAAAGAAGGCGUUGUGUAUUUUAGUAUGGGGUCGAACAUAAAACCAUCACAAAUGAGUGACGAGAAAAGGACCGCUAUUCUCAACGCUCUGGGGAAGAUUAAGCAGAAGGUGCUGUGGAAAUGGAACGAAGAUACUCUACCUGGAAAACCAAGCAAUGUCAGGCUGUCCAAAUGGUUUCCUCAACAAGAUAUACUGGCUCAUCCAAAUACCAAGCUAUUCGUAACACAUGGAGGACUUUUGAGCACUAUUGAAACUAUUUAUCAUGGCGUCCCAAUUCUAGCUCUUCCGAUUUUUGGAGAUCAAAAGAUGAACGCAGCAAGAGCUGAGACGAAUGGAUACGGCUUUAGUUUAGCCUUUUCAGAAAUUACAGAAGAAAAACUAACCAAAUAUUUAAAUUUACUUCUAAAUGACCCCCAAUAUAGAGACAAUGCUAAACAAAGGUCCAUAUUAAUGCACGAUCGGCCAAUGAAGCCUAUAGAUCUGGCAGUCUAUUGGACUGAGUUUGUAAUACGACACAAGGGGGCGCCUCAUUUGAGAGUAGCAGGGGUGGAUUUACCAUUGUACAAAUAUUUAUUGUUAGAUGUAAUUUCCUUUAUUGUAUUAGUUAGUGCUGCCUUUAUAUUUUUAAUUUAUUUUAUUGUUAAGAAAAUAUGCUGUGGAAGGAGAAAGAGUGAGGAUAAGUUAAAAAAGAAUUAGUGAAAUUGUGGUGUGAAUGCUGUUUUUUUAUUGUGACUAUUAUUGUUAAAAUAUCAUUGUUAUUAUUUUUAUAGUGUACAAAUAAUAAUAAGUUUUACAUUAAAAUUAUUAUUUUAUACUAAUGUUUUAAAAAAACUUAUCACAACAAUCGAAGAGUAUAUGCAAACGCAGUGGCAUGUUUAGUAAGUUUACCAUAAGAGUGAAAGUUAAUAAUUAGUCUAGAAAACUUUAAAUACCCAAGUGUUGAUAGUAUUCUUAAGACAUGCAACAUUUAUACUUUUUUUUGUACCAAAUAAAUGCCGUUUCAUAAC